AUGGCUGACAUUAAAUCUGAACCUCAAGGCACUCAAAGUCUCCCCCCUCCGUCACUGCCUCAGCUUGUGGCCGAACAACAUGUUCCCAUUCCCUCGAGCGACAAGGACUCACAGCGCCUGAUCGUCGUGCUGUCCAAUGCCAGUCUCGAGACAUACAAGGCUUCCUCAGGUGGCCGUGGUGGUGCCAAGGACGACAAGUACUCGUUGCUCAACAGCGACGAGCACAUUGGUGUCAUGCGCAAGAUGAACCGCGACAUUUCGGAUGCUCGUCCCGACAUUACCCACCAGUGUCUCCUCACUCUUCUCGACUCGCCUCUCAACAAGGCCGGCAAGCUCCAAAUCUAUAUCCAUACAGCAAAGGGUGUCUUGAUCGAAGUCAGCCCCACCGUCCGCAUUCCUCGUACCUUCAAGCGCUUCGCUGGUUUGAUGGUUCAACUCCUCCACAGACUCUCCAUCCGUUCAACGACGUCGCAAGAGAAGCUGUUGAAGGUUAUUAAGAACCCCAUCACCGACCACCUCCCUCCCAACUGCCGCAAGGUCACCCUCAGUUUCGACGCCUCCGUUGUUCGCGUGAGCGACUACAUUGCCGACCUGGCUCCCAAGGAGAGCAUUUGCGUCUUUGUCGGUGCCAUGGCCAAGGGUAACGAUACUUUCGCAGACGAGUUCAAGGACGAUUCAAUCUCCAUCAGCAACUUCAGUUUGAGUGCCAGUGUCGCUUGCAGCAGAUUCUGUCACGCUGCCGAGGAAGUCUGGGACGUCAUCUAG